AUGAAAUCUGCCACUCCCUUGACGAAGAAGAAAGAAAGCCUAAUCCAGGAUAUUAAGCCCUCGGAACCUGGACAUACAUCGACAAUGAAGAUGGAUGGCUGUUCAGAACCAUCGAGCAACAACCCCGUCUGUAAUAGGACUGCGGAGUUUUUAUUCAGGAAGCACGGACAGCAAUGGGAACAAAGAUUUAAGGAAUUCGCCCCUAAAAGACCCACCAUUACAGAAGAGGAAGUCACCUGGGUAUACUCCGGAAGCAAAGCGAAGAAGUUAAAAAGUAUGCCCAAAGGUACCAGUUCGAUCAAGAAUACUGAAACCGCCGAAAACAAAGGGCCAAGCAA